AUGUUAUUCUCGUCAUUGCUAGUAUCAACAUUAGUGUCAGUUGCUACUGCUGCCAACGAACAAGUUGAAGCUAUCCAGUUUAAUAAUCUUGGGUUUUCUGGUACCUACAACCAAGUUGAAAAGUUGAGUAAUAUUUAUAAGGAUUCGUGUUCAUGUGAGGUUAACAAGACACCUGUUUCGUUUUCUGGGACCAAUGCGCCAUUGAAUGAGGAAGUUUCGGUUCAUUUCCGUGGUCCGCUUGUGUUGAACAAGUUUGCGUCGUAUGUUUCCGAUGGGUUCAAGUAUGGCGAUGAUAGUUCUGGUGAUUGGAAGAGGUUGAGCUACUAUGAAGGGUCGAGUGGGACUAGUGAGAAUGUCACGUUUUUGACUAGGGCUGGAAAGAAUUCCUCGUGUUUGGGUCUUGGGUUGACGUAUGCCGGUACUGAUGGUACUUCCAAAGCCGACUCGUCGACUGUUUUGAGUAAAAACACACUUAUCAACUCGAACGACGAGUUUGUGAUUUUCUCCAACAUUAGCUGUGGCAAAUCCGGGUACAACAAUGAUUGUGGAGUCUAUCGAAGCGAUAUUCCUGCGUACCAUGGGUUUUAUGGUACCACUAAGAUGUUUUUGUUUGAGUUUCAAAUGCCGAACGAAACCCACACUUCGACGGAUAUUUCCAACUAUAACAUGCCGGCAAUUUGGCUUUUGAAUGCGCAUAUCCCAAGAACUGCUCAGUAUUCAAUGAAUGCUAAUUGUUCGUGCUGGAGAUCUGGGUGCGGAGAGUUUGAUAUAUUUGAGGUGAUGAACUCGACCGAGUACCUCCACUUGUACAGCACCAUCCAUGACUACCAAGGGUCAGAUGAUAUUCAGACCGGUAUGGCUGCGCCAGCAUAUAUUGAGCGUAGUUUGAGUGGCACUAUGAGUGGUGGUGUUGCGUUUGACCUGAGUGGGAAUGCGGUGGUUUGGAUGUCGAACUCGACGUCUUUUGAUGCAACUGUUGGUGCAUCUAGUGUCAACUCGUGGGUCAAGAAAGCUGGUGCUGAUGUGGCAACUACAAUGGCUACAGUCACUGGCCAAUCGGCAACUACAAGCAAGAAGAAUAGUGGAGUUAGCUAUCAGCCAUCGUUUAUUACAAACUUGAUUAUGAGCGUGCUUACACUCUGGGUUAUUUAG